GCCUCGGCGACUGCCUCUGAAUAAUUAUUAUAUAUCAGGUGUACGUACAAUGACAAAUAAAUCUUUUUAGGGCAAAAGAGACGUCCUCAAUUUCACGCUUCUUCAACUAAUCCGUACACUUUUUCUCUUUUGCCAUAUUUCCUCAGUGCCACAUUUACUGGUUUCUCGGUGCUGUUAUGAAUUAAUAGAUGCUUCCUUUUACCUGCCUACAUUAUCUCUCUCUUGUCUCUGGUUUGCAACUCUUUUUGAUUUAAAAGCCCGCCUCUUUAUAUUCACCUAACACUUCCUACCAUCUUCUCUUUUCCCUUAAUCAUCCCCGAUCAUUCAAACAUGCCUCCUCGAAAGAGAACUAAAGGUGCGACCGAAGAAAAGGCGGAAGAACCCAUCAGAAGAUCAACCAGGGCAGCCAAGAGAUCUGCUCCUACAUCCUCUUCGGAUGAAUUCUCUCCCAAAGACUUAACUAUUCGCGGGCAUGGCUUGAAACUUUCAGACACCAAGGACCCAUCUGAAGAGGAGGUCGGUGAUGUGAUCACCGUUCGCCUUACCCGGUCCAAGUCUCAUGCAAGCAGCCGCCCCUCAACCGCAAGGAGCGACUCCACCUCCCAAUCAAAUAAGCUUAGAAUUGUUUCAGCUUCAUCUCAGGUAGGAGAUGAGGACAUAUUCGAUAUCGACAAUGAUGGGAAGGAAGAUGAACUUACUUACGAGGGACCGGCUAAGAAGAAGAGCAAGCCUAGUAUCAAUGAGAAACCUUCAAACAGUCGAAGGUUUAGAUACAAGUAUGACAACCCUGACGAGAUGCUUACAAACUCCCUAUCACCUCUAGCAACCGCCCAACUUCGAGAACUACUCUGCAGUGAAGCGGCUUGGGACCUAUUAAGCACAGAGGAGAAGCAGCAAGUACUUGCAAAGUUCCCAGACGAGAAGGAGAUCCUCAACGUCGGCACAGAGAACGCAAGGCCAAACAUCGCAGCGCUCAGAAACAACAAUAACUUCCGGCACGAUAUAGUGCGGUACCAGGAUGACCUGAGAAAGGGAUGGCAUGACCCAGAGUGGAUCCGACAGGCACAAUCCGCUCAUAGCAAGCGCGAGAUUGGCUUCUACGACGAGUAUCUUUCCAAUCGCUUUCAGGAGGAUUGGAGCAUGGGAAUGCCGAGAGAGGAAGACAAGGAGAACGUACAGGAUGUGAGUAAUGCACAUCAUAUUGGAGAACAUCCAGAGGUGAAAGUACUCGAGAAGGAUGGUAAUGCUCGAGAAGAAAGACGAGAGCAAGAUAUCGAAUCACAGAACAGAGAAGACCAGGAUCCGGACCCUGACCCAAUGAAGGGAGUGGAGGACACCUCUCACGCGAAUGGGGACGAAAACUCGGACAAGAAGACAUUGGAGCAGGCCAAAGAUGUGAAGGGACAGACGGGUGGCACGAAGAAAGAUGGAGAUUUGCAGGAGCAUUCUUCAGACAUAAUCAUGGAGACGAUGUAGGAUGAAGGGUCACAGUAAUUCUCCUGGCAAGAAGUCAUAUUGGACACUAUGAUAACGAAAGGUACUACGAAGCUCUAACGAAAAUUAAAUAAUAAUAUUGCAGCAAGUUUAGGAAAUUAGAAUCCUUGGUAUUCUUUAUUACCUGUUCGCCGUACAUAAUACCCUAGAAAACCAUUACUUUACGGUAUCCCCAGUCCUCUCCUCUUUCUUCUUACACCGCUAUAUCAACUAUCACCAGCACAACACAUGUCCCACCAUCGUCAAACCGUCAACUCAAAGUCUGGUCCUCCCGAAGGGUUGUAGGACAUGGAUAUAAUCAGCGGUCUCAACAAGUCAAGUCA